AUGACUAAAUGCCAAAAUAAUCAAUGUGAUCAACAACGAAUUAAAAGACAUAUGAAACGACAAAAGAAAAAACCAGAUUUCUCUUCAAUUGAAUCAUGUAAUGGUUCAAUAGAAUUAACAAAAGAACAAGUAAAAGCUGCAUUAACAUCUCUUUUUUUAAUUCAUAAACAAACUCGAACUGUUGAAUCUCGUAAACGAGGUCGAAAUAAAUCUAAUGAUCGAUUAUUAGAAAAUCAAAAUAAAAAACAAAAACAAAUUUAUAAUAAUAUUUUAUUAUCAAAUAUAACACAAUCAGAAACAAUUAUUCUUGCAACAAGUGGUCUUAAUCAUCAACAAAUGAAACAAAUAAAAAAAUUUGUUUUACUUUUUAAUUGUCGUUUAUUAUUAUUUGAUAAUAAAACAACAUUUAAUCAUACAAUAACACAUUUAAUUACGGAUGAAAUUGAUCAUAAUGAUUCACUUAUAUGUACAUUAACAAAAAAUGUUGUUUUUGCUAUUGCUCAACAUUGUUUUAUACUUUCUUAUCGUUGGAUUAUUGAAUGUUUACAACAAAAUACAAUUGUUAGUGAAGAACAAUAUGAAAUUGAAGGUGAUAAUAUAUUUUCAACAAAACAUAAUGGUCCACGUCGAUCACGUUUAUCAAAACGGCCAUUAUUACCAUUAAAUCAUUUUAUUAUGAUCAAAGGUAGUAGUCGACAUUUUUUAGAUUUUACAAAUUCAGAAAUAGGUGAUUUAGCAUGGUUAGCUGGUGGUAUUUAUAUAGAACAAAAUCGAUUUCCAAAUACAGUUUUUCCAAGACAAUGUUUUUUAUUAAUUGAAGAUGAAGAUAUACGAAAUAAAAAUAUGUUUCAUCGUUGUAUUGAUAAAGGUUUAAAAUUUCUUCGAAGCGAAUGGUUAAUUCGUUCGAUUGUUGAAUAUCGUAUGGCUAAUAUAGUUCAAUUUCAUUGUGAUCCAUUUGAUACUAUUGAUCGAUCUGAAUAG